AUGAAACCCAUAACGGCAGUAUUUCUUCUUUUUUGCCUAAUCCUUUGUGACAAUGCAUAUGGGGAUAAUAUUAAUGGAGGAGGAAAUACAAACAUACCCAAAAAGAAGACUCCCAAGAAAGCUCCAGAACCACUCAUUGACGUACAUGAACUGAUAAGUGAAAUGGUUAGAAAAGAAGAGGAACUGGUAACUGUAACGAAGCAAAAAUCGAAAUACAAGAUGGUAGCAACAGUUCUUGCAUCAUUAUUAGGUAUCGUGUCAGGAGUGCUCGCAGGAGGUGCCGGUUUAGUGUUACAUAAUACUAGUAAAGGAAGACCACCAUUUUCUUUUGGAGGUGGAGAUUCUAAUACUUCAGCUAGUCCUACUGAAAGUCCAGAACCAGAAAAAGAGAAAUAA